AGAGGGGGAGCGGGGGAAGGGGAGGGGCUGUUUUGUCAAGGAGGAGCGUGACAUCGGUGGUGCCGUUGCUGUUGCCGCCGCCGCCGCCUUGCAUGGCUCUGAGAAAGGGGUGGCUCCGUGGGGGACGGACAUUACGAGCCCGGGGCAGCGUUUCUCUUGACUGCGUUGCACGGCUGAAUGGCGGAUGCCGCGGCCAUGAGCGGCAGUGAGAAAACGCCAGAGCAGCCACCCCGGGUGGAGAACAGCAGCGGCCUCUCCGGUGAGGAGAACAGAGCGGCUGCAGCCGUCGAAGCGAGCGAGUCUCCACAAAAUGGCGCCCGCUCUGAGAGGAGCCGAAGCGAUGAAGAGUCGCUGCUAGAGAGCAGGGGAUCCCCGCGCAGUGGCCACCGCAAGACUAGCGUCUCCGAGCAGCUUUGCGAGGGGCUGGGGGGCUCGCUCCCUAAAGCUUCCGAAGAUCUGCCUCUUAAGAAAAACUUUCAGAUCCCCAGGAAGAACAGAGAAAAGAAAGCUCUUUUUCAGCCUAUAACAAAAGAAUCUCGUGAAUUUGAAGAUGUUGUGAAUAUUUUGCAUUCAUCAUAUUUGGAAAUCCACUCAAAGGACAAUUUCAUCUAUAAAAAAGCCAGUUUAAUUCAUAGUGAAUUAUUGGAAAAAGAGUUCAUCGAGAAGCGAAGAGAAUUGAAACGAGAUGGCCGAUCGGAAAAAGAGCUAGCUGAAUCAUACGCAUUUCUGAAGAUUGACCGUUCUCUGGUGCAAAAUAUAUGUGAAAAUGGCUUGCAGGUGGGCAAUUCCAAGAUAACUGUUCUUGGCAACCCUUCUCUAGGUGUAUAUCUUUCUAGGUAUGCUGAUUUGUUGCAGGCUAAUCCUCUGGAAGCUAAUGCAACUGGUGAUAUUAUUAUAUUUAAAGUAAUAAAGGGAAGAAUGAAGACUAUAUAUGAAAAUCUGGGCACAAAUCAAAUGGACUCAACAAUUAAAACUGCACUAGACCCUACACCAAAGUUUGAGUGCCAUGUUUCAAAGUCAGCAAACAGAAUUGCUUCUCUCUUUUCUUAUAGGGCAUAUGAAAGAGCACAGUAUUAUUUUUAUGAAUAUGGCUUUGAUGAGAUCAGACAAAGACCAAGACAUAUAUGUCCGUAUGCUGUUGUAUCAUUUUCUUUCAAAGAAGAAAAGGGACAGAAGUAUUCAUCUCAAGCAAGAUCAAAGAAUUCUAAUAUGGAUAAGAACGCUGAUAAAACAAGUUACACGUUAUGGAAUGGGCAGCUUUUAAACAGAGGGACACUUGUAUGCCAUGCUGCUUUGAAAUCAGAAACAUGUCCUUUGCUCCCCUGCAAACUUCCUGAAAAACUUGAUGUUGAGAUGGUUAUGAGCAUUGAUCGUUUGACACAGGCUGUCCCACCACGUAUACUGAGUAAAGAAGCAUACUCCGGAGAAAAGGAGGAGUUCAAGAAUGGACUGUAUUGCAGUCUGUAUGAAGUUGUGGAAAAGACUAGAUCGGGAAGUAAUUUAGAAGGUUUACUUCAAAAGCUAGAGACAGACAAAUUAGUUAUUGUAAAACCACUGAUAGAUAGAGGAUACCUUUUGCUGCUUUCUUCUUACCAGACAGCGUCACCUUAUGAGAACCGGAUGGGAAGGCCUCAUACCCUGCAAGCUCUGUUUCUGCUUCGGAAUCCUAGAGCACAAAAACGUGAACAUAAAAAUGAAAAUACAUCGGUGUUGCAAGAAAGCCAUGUGAUCAUGCCAGAAUUAACAAGAUUUAUUCAGUCGCUUCAUUACGCAUAUGUUCACUCUCGCAAAGACCCUAAAUCUGACUUAAAUAUUUUGGUGGAAAAAUAUAUAAAUGAUUAUCUGAAACGAUACAGUAAAAAUAAGGAGUUUUUUUUAUACAAGUACAAAGAAACCUUGGAUGAGAAGAGGCACCUCUUUGCUGGCCCCAAAAAUAAAUCCCACCUUGAGAACUCUUUGCGCUCUUACGUUUUUGGCCCUGAAGCCUACCAGGUUUCUGUUUCCAAAGCAAAAAAAUUGAUGGCUGGGUAUAGAAAACCUCAGCAAUUCAGCCCUGUUUCGGAUUAUGAAGCCCAAGAUGAAGAAUUUGACUACACAAAGAGAAAACCCAACAAAAGAAAUGGUUCUGAGUGUGAAACAGUGGCUGCCAAGAGAAAAUCUGGUGAGUCUACGGAGUAUGAUCGAGGGAGUAUUGAACAACUGAUAAGCUUGAUUUAUGAUAAAAAAAAUGCAGAUAAAGAAUCUGAUACAGAAGAAAGCAGAAAUGAAAACAGACUGAAACGAAAGCUAGAAAGUAAAAGAGACAUCUUACAGAAACAUUUGAAGACCAACAGUUCUCCAGAAAACACUUACCAAUAUGAAGGUAAUAGAGCUCCAGAAACGGUUCCUUCAGUGAUAGAUUAUCUUGGUGGACAUGACACUGACUUGAGACAAAAUGUGUCUGAACCUUCCGUUGCUGAUUGCACUGUCCUGAAACUGCUUUCAGAAAUUUUGAGUAAUAUGGAUACACCUUUGGGGAGAUUCGUUAAACAGUCGUCAGCAGAAAACUAUUCAAGACAAAAUGUGGAGUACAGUCCCAAUCCUCUGCAGGUUAAACAAGAACCUGAAAUUCCUGGUAGAGCACAUGUUGAAAAUAUUCCAUUCAGGGAUUCCCACAGUCCAGUCAAGUUGGAAACCAGUGCACCAUGCUUGCCUUAUUCCCUUGAUAUUUCUACCACUGAAGCAGAUACAACCUUUCACAUGACACAUUUAAAAGAUGCAAGCACAGGAAGUGUAAGCAGCUUCGAUGGCUGCAACAGCCCCUGUUCUAGUACACCUGUUGAGCAGAACUAUCACAGGCAGCAUUCCACCUCAAGUAACAUUCACACGUCUGGAAUACACUGGAAACUGAUACCCAUCACAGGAGGGGCAGGAAGAGUUCCUGAGGCGCAACUGAGAGAACAUGGAGAUAACCAGACAGGCUUGAAAUCUCCAGAUGAAUCUUUGGCUUAUUCCCCACCAAAAGAUGCCUCUGAAAAUGACCCACGGAUAAUACACAGGCAAAGAAGUUCUGAUUAUCCAUCUGCAUAUUCCUCAUUUUCAGACUUGCACAAGGGAGGAACAGAAGACAGAGAAUUUGCAGGUCAAGAACUGAAAUAUAAUGAUCAGUGUGAACUUGAGAUAAAUCAGUGUGUGACAAGUGAACCCACCAUAAAUCGAGUAAUAGAGACAGCUAUAUUAGAAGAAUACACUCAUUUUACCAAUAAAAUUCAGGAGAUUUUGCUGCAAAAGAAUAUUAUGUAUGCAAGAAAAAUAUCCAGACCUGUUAUAUCAGCCCGGGAAAGGGUCAUGAGACUUUCUGAAUAUCUGUGCUUACAGGCAUCAGGUAUUGCUGUCCAGGAAUAUGUGGAAAGACUGAGUGAAAAGCUCCACAGUGUUGUGUUGUCAUCCACCCAUGCUGUUCAUAAGGUUCCAUUUACUUGCACAUCAGAACAAGCAGCUGAUUCAGUUACGGAUACUGAAUUGAAUCCAUACUCAGAAGAACUUGUACCUCUUGCCAGUGAUAUUGAUGUGGAAUCAUUUCAAGAGCCACCACCAUGUAACAAUGUAAAGGGAGAUUCAAACAAUGAAAAGAAUGGAUUGACAGACACUGGGAAACAACAAAGUUCUGUGAGAGGCAGCACAGAGACAAAGCUGAUAGCAGAAUCAAACAUUUCUACAGUGGACCCUCCACUACAGCAAGAUAAAGCUCCCAAGCCUGUAGAUGAUGCAAAUGCUACAACCCAGACAGCUGUAGUUGACCUUAUAAACCAACUAAAACCUGAAAUGUUUGAUAGCUUCAUCAAAAUCAUAGAAGAUGUGCGAAAAAACACUGUAAAAUUCUAUAUUCAUGAAGAACAAGAGAGUGCACUUUGCAAAGAAAUAAAGGAAUAUCUUAUUCAGCUGGGUAAUUCAGAGUGCCAUCCUGAACAGUUCUUGCGAGGAAGAGCUAAUAGGGAUAAAUUGCUUAUUAUUAUUCAAAAUGAAGAUAUUGCGAGUCUUAUUCAUAAGAUACCGUGCUUGGUAACUUUGAAGAGGCUCUCGUGUGUCAGUUUUGCUGGUGUUGACAGCUUGGAUGAUGUGAAAACUCGUACUUACAAUGAAUUAUUUGUUUCUGGUGGUUUCAUUGUCUCUGAUGAAUCUGUUCUCAAUCCAGAGUCCGUCACAGUUGACAAACUUAGCACUUUUCUGAAGUUUCUUGAAGAGUUGAGUACUCCAGAUGGAAAGUGGCAAUGGAAGGUUCACUGUAAAAUACAGAAAAAAUUGAAGGAACUUGGGAGAACAAAUGUGAAUGCCGUAAACUUACUGACACUUCUGAGUGCCUAUCAAAAGAAACAUGUGGUUGAGAUUCUGUCAUACCACAGCUGUGAUUCUCAGACACGAAAUCCUCCAGAAUUAGAUUGCCUCAUAAAACUUCAAGCUCAGAAUAUACAGCAGAGGCACAUUGUAUUCCUGACAGAAAAGAAUGUGUCAGCAUUUGCAGCUUAUGCUAGUAAUGGAAUAGUAGUUACUACAAUGGAUUUCUUCAUGCACAGCUUCAAAAGUCUUGUUGGCUAUCAUUACUCAAUUACUGGAGAAAACUAUAGCCCUUCCCCUAUUGAUCAUGAAAGACAAUCAGUUCUUGUAGAAAACGAAAAGGAUGAGGAGGACAUGUCUUUGGAUUCAGGUGAUGAAGCAUCACAAAUAGAAGUUUGCAAUGAUGCCUCAAAGUAUGAUUCUCACUUGGAAGCUUUUGAAACAAAGACCAAAGGAUCACAUGGAACAGAUACUGAGCAAAAUUCACACACUGAUGCACUGUUGUCUACCGAAGGAGGAAGCUGCCUUCUGACAGGCAGGACAGCUAAAACUGAUAUGCAGGAUAUACAACCUGUUACUCCUGUCUCAGUAACAUGCUCUGUGGAAGGAGAGAUAACUAACUCAGUCGAACAGAUCCCUCUCAGUAACUUCCAGAUUUACAAUAGGCAGUUAAGUGUGCCCCACCAGUUCAGUCAUUUUAAUGUUCUCACUCACCAGACAUUUCUGGGAACGACAUACCCCAUGUCUACAAGUCAGAUCCAAGAAGGUGGAAACUACUUUCUCUCUGCCUACAGCCAGAACAUGGAUAUGGACCAGUCUUCAACUCCCAGUAGUUGGGAUGUCAGUUGUAAUUCUUCCAGACCAUUUUCCAAACAGAAUUAAGCAAAAUUGAAACUUUUUUUUAAUAAUUUGUUGUGGACUUUUCUGUUAAAAAAAGUGAACUAACUGUUUAUAUUCUUAUCUAAAUAUUUCUUGUCUCUUAUCUCAAAUGUUCUCUUAUCUUAUUUAAAUCAUGAAUGGUCUGUACCAGGUGAAGCACCUGAAGUUUGAAAUAAAUAUAUAUUUUUAAACAUUUAA